AAAUUUUACAUGUCAAAUAUCUUUUAGUUGUGUUAUCGUUUUAUUUUUUAAACAAUUUUAUUUUCAUGUUGAAUUAAAUAUAAUUAUUAAAUAAUAUCUUUACCGAAAAUGCCUCUUCCAGCAUCAUACACUCCAAAUUACUUCUCAAUGGAAGAUAUAUUAGCUACUCAAGAACGAACACCUUGUAAAAUUCUUCAGACUAUUCCAAAUAUGGGUCAUCUAAAUUCAUCUUCUGUUGAAAAAGAUCUCCAACCAGGGACCUCGCACGAGUUCCCUUUGUGGUUAGUUAGUGAAAUAUCAUUUAGUCGUCAACCUCUAGUACAGCCUGAUUUACCCAAAAUAUACAAAGAAGCAUAUCGAGAGAUUUUAAAAGCUGAUGCCUGUGCAGUAGACCUUCACAAAUUCAAUCUGUAUUUUUAUGAAUUAGGUGCCAACAUUAAACACUUUGAUAGAAAAGAAGAAGUGCAUGAAACUUUAUUACAUACAUUUAGAACUCGUUUUCGGCAACUAAUGGACUUAGCGGAUAAUUCCAUCUCUGACCCAUCUGUCCAAUUAAAGCUAGAUACACUAGAGAGGCGAAUAUUCAAUGAUGCUUAUAAGGCAAGAAUUAAAAUGAACACUUGGCUAGUAGAUUCAAAUGUAGCAUUAGAAGCAGCUAAUAUGGUAGUCAAUCAUAAAAAGAGGAAGAGGAUUAAUGUAGAAGAAUUGUUGUAGAUUUUUAGCAAAAUUCAUUUUAAUAAAUAUUUUUUUAACUUU